AUGGCCUUUGAAAUAGCUAACUUGGAAAAACCAAACUCUAAGCAAAACACAGUUAAUCGAGAUAAUCUAAAAUUGGCCCUUGGUCAUUACAAAUGUGAAGUGGAACAUUUGCAGAGCACCAAAUGGAGAGAUAAGAUAUUUAAGAUUUUUGUCUUUGGAGACUAUGCUUUCUUAUGUGACCUAUAUGGAAUUUCUGGAGCUUCUGGUAAGCACUGUUGUCUAUGGUGCUUGAUUACUCAAGCGGAAUUGAAGCUACCCCUGUCUGAGAGAGGUCUUAAAGAGGAAAGGACAUUAGAAAAGUUAUUGAGGGACUAUGAAAAAUUCAAAGAAAAUGGUGAAAAUAUUGGAAGAGCAAAGCAAUAUAACAAUGCUAUAAGACCACCACUUCUAAAUAUCCCAAUUGACCAGGUAUGCUUACCUGGCUUACAUAUUAGCAUUGGGAUCUUUGAACGAUUAUACGAGCUUCUUACUGCAGCAUUUCGCGCAUUUGACAAAGACAUGGCAAACUUUCUGGCAAACAGAGAAAGCAAUAAGAAUGAACAGUUACAGAAGUCUUCACUUUUAAAACAAGGAGAGGGGCCUUGCAUUGUCAAAUUGAAUGAGACUUUGAAUAAGCUUGGAGUACAACGGCAAGCAUAUCAUGGGGGCUCUUUCAAUGGUAAUCAUACAAACAAGUGCCUUUUGGUAAGGAUAAGUCUCAUGUUUUAUUAG